AUUUCUUGUCCUCUCUUGGUUGCGUAAACCCGUGUUACAUACCGGACUUCCGUGUUGUUAAAGGGUUUGUUUCCAGGUCCCAACCUGACGGUAACCAUUUUUCUGCCAUUCCACUUUUUUACUGAUCCCCUUUGCUGAGACCUUUGAUACCCCGGGUUGUUUAGCCUCUGAUGAGAUUCGGGGAUUUGUGGUGACUUCAAGAUGUCCACAUCAAGCUCAAAUCAUACCUACACUGCAGAAUAUUUAGCGGAAGAUCGAAAACAGAGCUUCCUUGAUUUCAUGAUAUGUUUUGCGGUCCUUGAAACGUCCUUCUUUGCGCUGUUUUGUCUAUCGCGGUAUAAAAGCAAGACGCCGCAUGGUUGGGAUACAUGGCUCAUGAUACCGGCCUACAUAAUCUGCGUGGGCCAUCCCAUAGUGGGAAUCUGUGAGCUCCUCGUUGGUUUGUUGAAGUAAAAUCGCUGACAUUUUCAGAUGGUGCAGUAACUAAUGUUAAUGGGAAACAUGCUGUGACCGCUUCAGCACACACGGUCGAAGUCUGGUUAAAACUACUUGUCACUGUGUGGUUCACCUAUCCACCAUCUGUUGCGCUUCCGAGAUUGUGUAUCCUGGGUUUGUACCUGCGAAUAUUCACGAUUAAAAUGUACAGAUAUGCCACCUAUGGAAUUGGUGCAAUUAUAAUUCUUACGUGGCUUGCAAUAUACAUAUGCAAUUUCACGAUAUGCACCCCCUUCCAAUACUCGUGGGAUAAAUCAAUCCCAGGGGGUCAUUGUAUUGAUCUCCCGGCAGAGGUGAGUGUAUUUUAUUUUACCUGUCUCAAAGUGCAAUUUCUAAAGUCAAGACUAAAGAGAAUAUUAGCACCUCUGGAUUAGUUUGCCAAGUGAGUAAAGUCACUACCAUAGGCACAAUUCAAUGAUUAAUUUCUCCUCCAAGAUAUUGUCACGGAUUUAGCAAUGUUGCUACUCCCUCAGCCGGUUAUUUGGCAUCUCCAAGUAUCCCGAGCACAAAAGAUUGGGUUGACAAUAACAUUUGCAACCUUUAGCAUGUUAGUCUACUAUUCCCCCGCGCGCUUAUACUAUACGCGACACUUACAUCCAUACAGUGGCCUUGUGACAUCUUGCCUCCGGUUUUGGACCUUCUUCAACAAAGACCUCUACAUCGACGUAACAUGGUAUUCCGUCGAUGCCAUGAUCUGGACGGCAACUGAAUCUGGAGUCUACUUCAUAGCAGCAUGCCUGCCCUAUUUACGAACCCUUUUCACACCGUUACUAGCAAAGAUCGAUUUCAGCUAUCUUCGCAAGCUGAAACUAACAAUGGGCAGCGGCACGAGAAAAUCUGGAAAAGGAAACACCAAUUCAAGUACAUCGCCAACUGGGACCGGUAUCACACUUACCGACAAGCCUGCAAGGGACGAUUAUUUGCUUCCGCGUCUUAGUGCUGGGAAUGACCAAAAGAGUUUGGUGACUUGUUACCACGUUGAUAGCCCUCAACCGGCAUCGCGACUUGAUAAUCCGGCCGAAGAUCUGGAAAUGGGGUAUGGGAGUGAGAGAACCCAGGGAAUUCAGGUUCAGAAGUCAUAUGGUAUCUCGAUGAUGCCAAGGGUCUAUAAAACGUGACUUCAUACUUUAUUGAUUAGAACCAUUGUAUCCUAAAAGUUGGCUGCAACUAUCAAUCGUACUUCGUGACAUGAAGGAAAUAAUGAGGUGCAAUGAUGCUCUCAGAGGGCUUGACACCCUAUGUAUACUGUAGCACUGCCUGGGCAAACCAAAGUAUUUCUGUUAAUCAUAAGCGAGGUUUCAUAGGUGGGUAUGAUCAUUAGAGUCCGGAAGACAAAGACUAUCUUCUCUAGGUAGAAUAGCAAGUCAUUACGUGGAAGCAAAGUGGAGAAUCUAAAGGUCUAUCACUAUCCAAGUCACAAAUUUGAAUCGGUGUGUACGCCGACGAUGAACGUGAUAUCGUAAGGUAGUCGUACAAUACUAAUUAUACCUGAAGAUCGUAAACUCCAAUAACAAUCACAACACUUUUAGAAUAUUGGAGCUUCUACUCAUUCAAGCAUCCAAUUAUUCGGGAACAACUCCGAUUAGGAUUAGUCAUCCAUAACCGCCUACAAGUAUAUGAAGUUUUAGUCACAUCUUUUCAGAUGAUAUGGUUAUCACCCUCCCCUAAGCAACUUUUGAUGUACCCCACGCUACCCCCGGAAAAAGACCCAUUCUUACUGAUUCGAGUAUGCUAAUUUACGACGUCUACUUUGGAUAAUUUCACUCGAGAUAUCCCAUUUCAGUCAGUACAUACCAUCCCAGCUUUAGGAGGGGGAAUAAUUUCAACAUUUCUCAUUCGCAAGACUGAUCCAACAGUCAAGCAAUGACGUAACUUUGAAAAUGUUUCAACUUGUUCCCGACUAGCUAACAUUAGUGACUUUCCCACAGGGUUCUGCCUACACAUUGCCGCCAAGCAUCCGAGACCUGAUAUCACAACUUCUAUCCUGACCAACGAUGCUCUCAUCUCUGUAACAGGCCUCUCGCCACAGCAGACCGUCAAAGAACAUUACAUUGAAUGA